AUGGCACUGGGAAGCAGACUGGUCGCCAAUGGCGCGCGCCGCCUCGCGCAGAGACAGCGUACUGUCCCCACGGCGACGCCCAACUCCUUCCGAUGCCUCUCGACGACAACAGCACGACGACUCGCAACACCAGUGGAGCCCGCCAACCCGAUCGCCAGCAGUCAGUCGACCCCUCCUCACUCUGGCCAGACACGUCUUGUGCCUGUAGACCCGACCUUUGGCCACCCCGUAGACCCGAGCCGGCACAAUAUGAACAUGGCAGACGAUAACGCUGCGACCCCGGAAGAGCGAAAGAUCCGCCACUACACCGUCAACUUUGGUCCUCAACAUCCUGCCGCUCACGGUGUGUUGCGUUUGAUUCUGGAGUUGAACGGAGAAGAGAUUAUUCGAGCAGACCCCCACGUUGGUCUGCUGCAUCGUGGCACGGAGAAGCUCAUUGAGUACAAGACAUAUAUGCAGGCUCUGCCUUACUUCGACCGCUUGGACUACGUCUCUAUGAUGACCAAUGAGCAAUGUUUCUCUCUGGCCGUGGAAAAGCUGCUCAACAUCGAGAUUCCAGAGCGCGCCAAGUGGAUCAGGGUACUGUUCGGAGAGAUUACCCGAGUUCUGAACCACCUGAUGUCUGUCUUGUCUCACGCUAUGGAUGUUGGUGCACUUACACCGUUCUUGUGGGGGUUUGAGGAGCGUGAGAAGCUCAUGGUGAGCAUGUGUGCAUCUGUUGGGAAGAGCAUGCGCUGAUUGAGAUCAGGAAUUUUACGAGCGUGUCUCUGGUGCCCGCCUUCACGCUGCAUAUGUCCGCCCAGGUGGUGUCUCUCAGGAUCUUCCGGUCGGUCUCCUCGACGACAUCUAUCAGUGGGCAACACAAUUUGGUGACCGUAUCGAUGAAACUGAAGAACUUUUGACGGACAAUCGUAUCUGGAUUGGCCGAACCAAGGGUGUAGGUGUCGUCAGCGCCGCCGACGCCCUCAACAUGUCCUUCUCUGGUGUCAUGCUUCGUGGCUCGGGCAUACCGUGGGAUAUCCGCAAGUCCCAGCCGUACGACGCAUACGACCAAGUCGAAUUCGACGUUCCAGUCGGUGUGAAUGGUGAUUGCUACGACCGAUAUCUUUGCCGCAUGGAGGAGUUCCGGCAAUCUCUCCGCAUCAUCCACCAAUGCUUGAACAAGAUGCCCCCUGGUCCUGUCAAGGUCGAGGAUUACAAGAUCUCGCCGCCACCACGUGCCGCCAUGAAGGAGAACAUGGAGGCUCUGAUCCACCACUUCUUGCUCUUCAGCAAGGGUUACACAGUCCCACCAGGCGAGACAUACUCCGCCAUUGAGGCACCCAAGGGAGAAAUGGGCGUCUACGUUGUAUCGGACGGCAGCGAGCGACCUUACCGAUGCAAGAUCCGAGCACCCGGGUUUGCACACUUGUCAUGCUUUGACCAAGUGAGCAGAGGACACUUGCUCGCAGACGCCGUCGCUAUCAUUGGAACCAUGGACUUGGUGUUCGGAGAGGUUGAUCGGUAG